UUAAAUUGUAUACCUUGUGUCCUUCCCUUGUAUACAAAUCAUGCACUUCAUUUAAUAUAUUAUCAGAAUUUUUCUUACAAAAUUGAUAAGAUAAAUACUAGUAACAUAAAUUUAUGUUAAAAACAAUGUCAAAUGUAAAAAAAAAUUAAAUGUUUUAUGUUAUAAAAAGGUUUAUAUUCCAACCGAGUAUACAAAUAAUAUUAGUUUCGAGGUUAUAUAUGCAGUGAAAAGUAUAGAGGAAUAAAAGUAAACAUGAUUAACAUGUUUCAAAAUAAAAUUUUAAUUUUCGGACUUUUACUUUUUAAAAGCAGUUAUUGUACUGAAAUUUGCAAGCCUAAAAUUGCUGUUAUUGGUGGUGGAAUUGGAGGAGCAUCUGCCUCACAUUUUCUCUCAGAUUUAUUUAAAGAUAAUUUAAAAAUUGAUCUUUUUGAGCCAAAACAAUUGGGAGGACGUUUGGCAAAUGUUAAAAUUGGAAAAAAUGAAUUUGAAGCCGGUGGUGCAGUUAUACACUCAAGAAAUAAAUAUAUGCAAGAUUUUGUUAAACUUCUUGGACUCAAGAAAAAUGAUGCUGAAGACUCAUCAACAGUAGGAAUUUGGAAUGGAGAUAAAUUUGUUAUAAAACAAAGUAAUUGGAAGAUUAUAUCUUUUGCAAAGAUGAUUUAUAGAUAUGGAUUUGAGCCUUUUACACUCGACAGAUAUGAUACUUGGGUUUUGGAUAAUUUUGAAAAAAUUUACAAUAUACAGGAUAGUGAAAUAGGAUUUGAAAAUGUAACUUCAUUGCUAGCAGCAAUGAAUUCGGAAUUUCCUGAUUAUUUAAUUGAAUCAAUUAAAAAUAAUUUGUUAAACAAGGGUAUUUCAGAAAAAUUAAUAGACGAAUUAGUACAAGCUACAUUGGUUGUUAAUUAUGGACAAGAGACUAAUGUUCAUAGUUUUGUUGGUUAUGUAUCGUUAGCUGGAGCUGGAGCUAAUCUUUGGUCCGUUAAAGGAGGAAAUAAACUGGUACCUGAGAAUUUAAUACGACAAAAUAAUCGUAUAAAUGUAAUAUCCUCACAAAUAGAAAAAAUACGUUUAAUUUUAAAAAAUCAAGAUUCAAUUCAAUAUGAAUUGUCUUAUAGAGAAGAAGAUAAUCCAAAUUUUAAAUCUGACAUUUAUGAUAUAGUUAUAAUUGCAACCCCAUUAACAAAAGAUCAAGAAAAUUCAAUAAUUUUUGAAGAAUUUCCAAAAGAAACAAUAUAUAAUAUUCCUGGAAAUUAUCAAACAACAGUUGCAACUUUUGUUGAAGGAAAAUUAAAUCCACUACAUUUUGGAUUGGAAAGUGAAAUUGAUUGUAUUUUAAGUUGUAAUCCAAAUAAGACAAUAAUUAGUUCUGUUUCUAAAAAUAAUCCUGUUAAUGAUUUUAAAGAAGAAGAUACACAAGAUGUUUGGAAAGUAUUCUCAAGAAAGCCAUUGACACCAACAUAUAUGCGUAAAAUAUUUUCCAAGAUUGGACAAGUGGAGGAAAUUGUCUGGAAAGCUUAUCCACAUUAUUCAACGGAAAAUCGUUUCGAUAAAUUUAAACUUCAUAAAGGCCUAUAUUAUGUCAAUUCAAUAGAAUGGGCAGCAAGCGCAAUGGAAAUGAGUGCAAUUGGUGGAAGAAAUGUCGCUAUUUUAGCAUAUAAAGAUUUUAAAAAAACUUGUUCUACACCAAAAGGGAAAAAAAUUGAAAAGAAAAAUUAUUCUACGGAAUUUUAGUUAAUUCUUAACUAAAUAGCUUAAUUAUUUACAAAUUAUAGACAUAGAAAACAAAUGUCAAAUUUUUAUUAGUAAAAAAUAUCCCUUUAAGCCUUUGAGACAAGUAAACUCCCGAUGCCUUCAAAGAAAAAGAUUAUAUUUUUUACAAUGUCCAGUGAUAUUAUUUUAAUAUUAUCAUAAAAGUUGAUUGUAAAUUGAAAAAAUAAAUAUAUUUUAAAAGAAUA